AUGCCUAAUGGCCGGCUUGAGGAGGUGCCAGGCAUCCCCAGAGCAGGAAGUGAGUUGCCCGUGUGUGCGAGCUGCGGCCAGAGGAUCUAUGACGGCCAGUACCUCCAGGCCCUGAAUGCGGACUGGCACGCAGACUGCUUCAGGUGUUGUGAGUGCAGUGCCUCCCUCUCGCACCAGUACUACGAGAAGGAUGGGCAGCUCUUCUGCAAGAGGGACUACUGGGCCCGCUAUGGAGAGUCCUGCCACGGGUGCUCGGAGCACAUCACCAAGGGGCUGGUCAUGGUGGCCGGCGAGCUGAAAUACCACCCCGAGUGCUUCAUCUGCCUCACGUGCGGGACGUUCAUCGGUGACGGGGACACCUACACACUGGUGGAGCACUCCAAGCUGUACUGUGGACACUGCUACUACCAGACCGUGGUGACCCCUGUCAUCGAGCAGAUCCUGCCCGACUCCCCCGGCUCCCGCCUGCCCCACACAGUUACCCUAGUAUCCAUCCCAGCCUCAGCUCAUGGCAAACGUGGCCUCUCAGUCUCCAUCGACCCCCCACACGGCCCACCAGGCUGCAGCACAGAGCACUCCCACACCGUCCGCGUCCAGGGGGUGGACCCAGGCUGCAUGAGCCCAGAUGUGAAGAAUUCCAUCCAUGUCGGAGACCGGAUCCUGGAAAUCAAUGGCACACCCAUCCGGAAUGUGCCCCUGGAUGAGAUUGACCUGCUGAUCCAGGAGACCAGCCGCCUGCUCCAGCUAACUCUUGAGCACGACCCCCACGACACGCUGGGCCAUGGGCCGGGGCCUGAGCCCAGCCCCCUGGCCUCCCCAACUCUUACUCCCAGCGGGGAACUGGGCAGCUCUCCCCGGCAGAAGCCUGUCUUGAGGAGCUACAGCAUCGACAGGUCUCCGGGUGCUGGCUCACUGGGCUCCCCAGCCUCCCAGCGCAAGGACCUGGGGCGCUCCGAAUCCCUGCGCGUGGUCUGCCGGCCACACCGCAUCUUCCGGCCAUCGGACCUCAUCCAUGGGGAGGUGCUGGGCAAGGGCUGCUUCGGCCAGGCCAUCAAGGUGACGCACCGGGAGACGGGCGAGGUGAUGGUGAUGAAGGAGCUGAUCCGGUUCGACGAAGAGACCCAGAGGACAUUCCUCAAGGAGGUGAAGGUCAUGAGAUGCCUGGAGCACCCCAAUGUGCUCAAGUUCAUCGGGGUACUCUAUAAGGACAAGAGGCUCAACUUCAUCACGGAGUACAUCAAGGGGGGCACCCUCCGGGGCAUCAUCAAGAGCAUGGACAGCCAGUACCCGUGGAGUCAGAGGGUGAGCUUUGCCAAGGACAUCGCUUCAGGGAUGGCCUACCUUCACUCCAUGAACAUCAUCCACCGGGACCUCAACUCCCACAACUGCCUCGUCCGAGAGAACAAGAACGUGGUGGUGGCUGACUUCGGGCUGGCCCGGCUCAUGGUGGAAGAGAAGACACAGCCCGAAGACCUGCGAAGCCUCAAGAAGCCGGACCGCAAAAAGCGAUACACGGUGGUGGGCAACCCCUACUGGAUGGCGCCCGAGAUGAUCAAUGGCCGCAGCUAUGACGAGAAGGUGGAUGUGUUUUCCUUUGGAAUCGUCCUGUGCGAGAUCAUUGGGCGGGUGAAUGCGGAUCCCGACUACCUGCCCCGCACCAUGGACUUUGGCCUCAAUGUGCGAGGCUUCCUGGACCGUUACUGCCCCCCAAACUGUCCACCGAGCUUUUUCCCCAUCACCGUGCACUGCUGUGAUCUGGACCCUGAGAAGAGGCCCUCCUUCGUGAAGCUGGAGCAGUGGCUGGAGACCCUCCGCAUGCACUUGGCCGGCCACCUGCCACUGGGCCCGCAGCUAGAGCAGCUGGACAGGGGCUUCUGGGAGACCUACCGGCGCGGCGAGAGCGGACUGCCUGCCCACCCCGAGGUCCCCGACUGAGCCCCGGCCGCCCCCGUCCCCACCGCCGGCACCCACUCUUCUGCGGGUCGUGGCCGGCUGUGGAGCCCUCGGCCAGGCAGCAGGCGCCCAGACUCCUCCCCCAGUGCCAGGCCCCGACUGGCCUCCUCCGUCCCAGGGGCCAUGGCCCCUGCCCCAUCUCUGCCCCUGGCCCCAGAGCUGGCCUGGCUGCAUACACACCAUCACCUCGCC